AUGGUUGGCACAAUCACUCCUCAACCGGGGCCUACCUCCCGGGUCGAUAUUGAGAAGAACCAUGGCUCGGCCCCCGAGAUCCACGAUGUUGACGAAAAGGCCCAAGACACCGACUCCGGCUCCGAAAUGAAGCAGGACGGUGUGAAGCAGGUCGAGGCUGUCACCACUGUCUGGUCUCCGGCUAUGAUGUGGGCUGUUUUUGGUUUCCUCUACCUCGUCAGCUUCGUCGACACGCUCCUCCAGGCGGUUCACUCCAGCCUGGUGCCCUACGUCACCUCUUCCUUCUCGCAGCACGGCCUCCUAGCGGUCAUCGGCGUCGUAGCGUCCGUCAUUGGCGGCGUGAGCAAGCUGGCCAUCGCCAAGAUCAUUGAUAUUCGCGGCCAUAACGAGGGUUUCCUGUUCAUGAUCCUGCUGAUCCUCAUCGGCAUGAUCAUGAAGGCCCUGUGCCAGAACGUCGAGACCUACGCCGCUGGCCACACCUUCUACUGGGUCGGCCACGUCGGCCUCGGAUACAUCGUCAAUGUCGUGCUCUCCGACAUGACCACCCUUCGCAACCGCAUGAUCAUGUGGGGUCUCUACAUGAGCCCGCGUCUGGCUUCGACAUUCGGCGGCCCGACCAUAGCUGAGCUGUUCUACAAGCACUCCACCUAUCGCUGGGCUUUCGGAUCCUUCUGUAUCAUUAUGGUGGUCUGCGCGAUGCCGGUCGCUGGUAUCUUCAUGUUCUCUAAGCGCAAGGCCAAGAGGCUCGGACUCCUCCCCGAGAAAGAGAAGCGGCCUUUCUGGGAGAACUUCAAGAUGCGCUUGGUCGAGUUUGAUUUUAUCGGGAUGGUCCUCACCAUUGCCGGGUUCUCCCUGAUCCUGGUUCCUCUCAACAUCGCCAAGACUGCUCCGAAUGGAUGGGCCACUGGCUACAUCAUUGCCAUGCUCGUGGUUGGCGUCGUUUGUCUGGGUCUUUUCGCCGUCUGGGAGAAGUACUUCGCCAAAGUUUGCUUCUUCCCCUUCCACUACCUCACAGACCGCACCAUCCUGGGUGCCUGUCUGCUCAGCUUCUUCCUCAACAUCUCUAUCUUUGCCUGGGACACGUACUACGGCUCCUACCUCCAGGUUGUCCACAACCUGAGCAUCUCCGUCUCGGGAUACACCCUCAACGCCUUCUCCGUCACCUCGACCAUCCUGGCCCCCUUCAUCGGCCUCUUCCUGCGCUGGUACGGGCGCUACUACUGGCCCGCCGUCGCCGGCAUCCCCUUCUGCGUCCUCGGCACCGCUCUGCUCAUCCACUUCCGCCAGCCCGGCCACGCCCUGGGCUACCUCGUCAUGUGUCAGGUCUUCCACGGUGUUUGCGGCGGCAUCUGGGCCAUGACGGCGCCUCUGGCCAUCAUGACGACCGUCACGCACCAGGAGCUCGCCGUCGUGCUCGCGCUCCACUCCAUGUUCGGCUCCAUCGGCCAGGCCAUCGGGUUCGCCGUCUCGGGGGCCAUCUGGACCAACGAGCUGCCCGGCCGGCUGUACUACGAGCUGCCUGAUAGCGCAAAGGCGCAGUCCAGGGUCAUUUUUGGCAAGAUCACCGAACAGAUGCGCUACCCCAUUGGCAACCCCGUCCGCGACGGCGUCAUCCGCGCCUACGCCUACGUCCAGAGACACAUGGUUAUCGCGGGCUGUGCGUUCUUGCCGGCGAUCAUCGUCUGCGUUGUGGUCUGGCGCAACCUGCCUCUUGACAAGAAGCAGACGAAGGGUACGGUCUUCUAA